AAAAAAAAAUUAUUCAAUACUGAAAAGUUUACUACUUUUGGGGUCGAUUUCUUGCAACAUAACAGCAACAGUAUAUAGAGAGAGACAGAGACCAAAAUGUCAGAUACAGUGAAGUUAACUAAGAAACAAAGAAAGGCACAGGAGUUCCGUGACAAGAAGACUAAAGAGGAAAGAGAAGAAGCAAAGGAAGAGAAAAAGAAGAUAAAUGAAGAGAAGAAGGCAGAGUUAAAGAAACAAAGAGAAGAACAAGAACAGGAAAAGAAAAGAAAGAGAGAAGAUGAAAAGAAGGUAGAGGCUGAAAAUGCUUCUAAAACUGAAGAUGGUGAACCUAAAAAGAAGAGAAAGACCAGAAGAGGUAAGAAAGGUAAGGGAGUUAAUGAAGGUAGAGGUCCAAGAUUUAUUUUAUUUGUAGGAAAUUUACCAUUUGAUAUUCAACAAGCAGAAUUAAUAAGUCAUUUUAAAAAUAGUAAUCCUGAUAGAAUUAGAAUUAGACAAGAUAAGGGAAUAGCGUUUCUAGAAUUUGAUAACGAUAGUCAAGAAAUUCAAAGUAAAAUGGAAUUGGCUCUCAAAAUGCAUCAUUCAACUCUUAGAAAUAGAAAAAUUAAUGUUGAAUUGACUGUUGGUGGUGGAGGAAAUUCUGCUAAUAGAUUAAGUAAAUUGAAAGAAAAGAAUGAAAAGUUAUUAGAAGAAAGAAAACAAAGAGUUAUCGAUUCUAAGAAGGCCACUACUACUAAAGCAGCAUCUCCAUCUCCUUCUCCAGCUGGCAAUAUCCAUCCUUCUCGUGCAGCAUUAAUACAAUAAUCAGGUCAUGAAUGAAGAAGAAAAAAAUUGUAUAAUAGAGUAUCAAUGGUGUAGAUAUAUAUAUCACUUUACAUAGAUUAAUGAAUAAUAGCAUGAAUUGAAUUACAAAUAUAACAUUCGAAUAGAAGCUAACCUUAAAAAU